AUGCUGGCUCGACGAGCGCUGCCCGUCGUAACCCUGUGUAGACUUCCGCGAGGUGAGCACCACCCGGUCAGCAAACCCACCCAACUUUUCCCAUCGAUUCGAGUCCUGGAACAAGCUCCGUGCGCUCCCCCAUCAAUUUAUUACACACCCUGCAAUCGUGCAGCGUUCGCGAGCCUGUCCACAGAGGUCGCCACGGGUGUGAAUAUCCUAAAGAACGGGACCGACCCAGCCCUCAAGUCCGACGAGGAGCUCCCCGCCUGGCUCUGGGAGCUGGCCCAGCCGGAGAAGCCCUUGACAGAGCUGCAGAGGCAUGAGUUCACGGAGCUGCAGCCAGAGGAGCAACGGAGGUGGGUCAAGCUGGAGACGCGCGCCGGGAUCAAGGCCAACAACGUCCUCAAGUCUGCCUGA